GUUUUGUAUCGUAUUAACGUAAUGUGCAACGGAAAUAGGUGGGCUAACAUUCUUUGCUAUUGAAUUUAUGCCAAAACGAAAAGUGACGUAUGUUGAUGUAUAUUUAUUCAUAAUAAAUUAUUAAAUUUUAUUAUUACUUGUUUCAUACAGAUGAACUGUAAAAUAUUAAAAAUCUAUUGAGCUUUAUUUCAUUUGUAUUUAAGCAAAAAAGAUAUUAAUGUUAUUGUAUUAAAGUGUUGAAAAAGUGUAACUUAAUAUAAAAUUAUGAAUUUUGGAUUUGAUCCUUCAAAAACUCAAGGCAAUGCCGCAACUACAACGAAUGUGGCCACACCAACAGGCUUCUCAUUUGGCUUUGCCGGAGCUGGUGAUGCAAGUAAACAAGUAACAUCUGGGUUAACAGUAACACCAGUUCAAAAUAAACCUGGUGGUUUUUUUGGAUCUGGAAUAACUACUCCAGGUCAAAGUACAAGUUUUACUUUUGGUAAUACACCAAAUACUUCUGCACCUACUAUUGGAGCGACAAUUACUCCAGUUACUGGAUUUGGUGUAUCUACAUUGGCUAGUUCUACAGCAAAUGCUAGUACUCCUAGUACUGUGGUACCUACAGGAUUUAAUCUGCAGAGUACACCUACAGUGCUUACAGGUACCGAAGGUGCGCAAACCUCUGCAACAACUGGUAUAAGUUUUGGAACACCAAGUUCUGUGCCAUCUAGCACUACUGGAUUUAAUAUUGGUGGUACUAUAACUACCGCAACAACUACUACUACACCUAUUUUUACUUUUGGAAACCCAACUACAACAACACCCACCGUGACAGGAUUGUCUCAAGAUGCAGCAAAAACAUCUACAAUACAAACAGGAUUUACCCCCACACCAUUCACUACAGCAGGAUUUGGACUAACUAAUACACCUGCUGCUACCACAGCUACAGUAUUUUCUUUAAACACUGCGACAACAACUUCAGCUGCGUCCAUUUUUUCAAUUGGUACAACUGCAUCAAGCACUACUGGUUUUAUGCUGAACAAAACUACAUCUGUUACUGCACCUUCAAAUGUUGCAACUGUCACUACUCAUACCACUUUAGGAACUACAACCACAGUUAGUUCAUCUGCCAAUGCUAUACAGCCAGGAGCUAUUAACUUCUGUCAACUUGAAGAGUCCAUUAACAAAUGGACAUUGGAAUUGGAAGAACAAGAAAAAGUAUUUGUAAAUCAGGCAACACAAGUUAAUGCAUGGGACAAAUUACUUAUAACCAAUGGAGAAAAAAUAGUAACUUUAAAUCAGGAAGUUGAAAGAGUUAAGCUUGAACAACAACAAUUAGAACAUGAAUUAGAUUAUGUCGUUGGCCAGCAAAAAGAAUUACAAGAUUGUUUGGUACCACUUGAAAAAGAAUUGGCAUCAUUAUCUGUCUCAGAUCCAGAAAGAGAAUAUACUUAUCGUCUAGCAGAAAAUAUUGAUACUCAAUUAAAACAAAUGUCAGAAGAUUUAAAAGAGAUAAUAGAACAUUUAAACGAAGCCAAUCGAGUUCAAGAUUCUAGUGAUCCAAUUGUACAGAUCGGCAAGAUUUUAAAUGCACAUAUGAACAGUUUACAAUGGCUUGAUCAAAGAACAGCUCUUCUAACUCAAAAAAUACAACAGAUCGAUCAAAUGCAUCAAAACUUCAGACAAGAAAACGAACGAAGUUUUAAUUUAGCAUAUAAUUAAAUCAUACUAAAUGUUCUUUUUUGUUUUUUUUUCUUUGUUUUUUUUUUACAUGUCUAUGAUUCAUUUCUAUAAACAAAGAAACAACCAUAUUUUAUAUAUUUUUGAAGAGGACUAAAAAAAAAAAAAAAACAAAAUUUGAUUUAAAAAAAAAAAAAAAAGUAAAAUAAAUAUACUUUUUAUUUCAUACCUUAUAUAAUUUAAUUAAUUAAUUUUUAUAUCGCAAUCGCAGGAACAAAAUAGCGAACUUUCAAAUAUCCUGCUAAAUCUAAAAAUAAAUUCACUAUUUUAUUUUCCAAUAUAUUACAUCUUACGGAAUUGGGAUGAACAAUGUCCCAAGAUAAAAAGGUUAACAAUUUUUUCACAUCUAUCGUAGCAGAUAUUGCAAAAUUGUCUUCAGUUUGACCACUAGACCAAACCUGUAAUCCUUGAAAGUGUGUCGACACAUUCGCACUAUCGGUUUCUACUCUUAAUAUGAACAUACCAGUUUUAUCGGCUGUUAAUGUUAAAUGUGAACUCAUGUUUUUCAUUCUUUCUACGAUAUUACGUAAAUAUUUAAGUUGUGGCAUAUCUAUGGAUAUCUAAAAUAUUAGAUUGGUUGAUUGAUUGAUUGAUUAAUUGAUUAAUAUAUAAAUUACUUUAAAUUUGUAAAAUGUAACUUACAUCAAAUUCUGGUAUAUCAGGAACUUUGUAAGCAGUCCAUUCUUUUCGUGGCACAACUCUUACUGGCACAUCGUGAACACAUUGUCUUGAUUCCACGUUCGAAGAUGAUAAUUCAAUUUCAAACGUUAGACAAGGUUGUAGUUUAUUUGUUAAUUUAAUUUUUACACUCUUUGACUGUAAACGAAGAGAACUUAAACUCCUAGCGAGCAUUGACGAUUCAAAUUCUAAAUAAAUUUCAUUUUGUUCUUCAGAAACGCCACUCAUGAUAUAUUCAGUAAAAAAAUGACUUUGAGAUAAUUCUGCCCAUAAAACGGGUAUAUUAUCAUAACCGAUAUUGAAAGAAAUUUCGUCCAUAGUUAAUCGUAAGAUACAUUGUUUUGAUAUCUUUGAAAUGAUAGUGACAAUAUCUGAAAGAAAAGGUAAAAAAAAGUAAAUUAUAUAUAUUUUUUAAAAACUGUUACGUCAAAUCGACAUUCCCGCCAAAUUUCUAAUGCGAUUAAUUUCAACAUCCUUUCAUUUAAAAAUAUUUACUAGAUUAAAAUUAUUUACGUAGCAUUAUUGUACGAAAUUUUUCAGCUUUCUUUAUUUCUUAAAGUUUAUUUAACGAAUAAUUAAUAUUUUAAUAGUUACAAUUUUUCUUUUCCUUUUUUUUUUAAAUUUUCAUUUUUCGAUCAAAGCAAAAUAAUAGCUCUAUUUGAGGUUAUGUAACUUAAUUGUUACAAGAUAAAGAAUAAAUUUAAAGAAGCGUGAAAGAUGCUUACUAGUAAAAUCUCGCAUAGCUGUAAGGUCUAUCAUUCUGCAUCUAAAUUUCAUCUUCUUAAGCUGUACAAUUUUAUAUUCUAAUAUAACUUAAUCAAUAACAUAUAACAGAAAGAGAGAUAUUGUUUAUAUAUUCUCGUCGGUAUACGUAAAGUUCAAUUUAUGAAAUAUAACACACAUAUACUAUUGCCUUUAGUAUGUAUUUGUUUAUUAAAUUACAAAUAUGUGUGUUAUGUGUACGUGUAUUCUAGGCAAUCCUAAUAAUCUUGAUUUAAACAAGAUUCAAAUGAAUAUACGCAAUAACAUUUCAAUCGAAUCACUUUCAGAAUAAUUUUGAAAUAUAUCCCAUUCCUUUUGCUUUAUUUUCAUGAAAUACUACCUGCAUCAAAAGACAAAAUCUGAUUGGACGAUACGAUUAAUAAGGUAUCGUUUGAAA